ACAUCACUACAGUGAAUGUGAGAGAAUGAUAAAAUGGUGCAUUCGUCGAUCAAACCGGGCCACACAUUCGAAGCCAGAAAUUAAAUUAGACGUCCACCAUUUUGUUUAUUUUUACGAAAAUAUAUAUUAAGUCGGAAACAAUAGUGAAAUUUUGUACUUCGCCGAAAUAUAGCGCUAUCAAUGUAAUUCUGGCAAUGAUUGUUAGAUUAGGAAUGUGCAAUUAGCGUUCACUGCUGUCGAGCUCUUGUUGAAAUUUGCAGACAUCGGCCGCGCCGCUAGUAAACACUCUUCGAAAAUUAACACCUUAUCUUCUAAGAAAAAUAAAAAUCCAGGUGCGCAGAGUGUUCGAGUUGAUGAGAAAGGUCCGUUGAAAUUCGUUCAGCGAAUAUUUAGAAAGCCCAAAGGGAAUAAUCCCUUGGCAUUAAAGGAAAUCUCAAAAAGUUGUGGGCGACAGUCCCCGGUGGCGCGCCCGGCUAACAUGAAUCACACGCCUGCUCCUGACAGGCCGCAGCACGACCCUAAUGUGAACCAAGUCGAAGAAAUGGAAACUCAAGAAGUUGAAACUGUUGAUGCCGUUGAAGAUAAGAUUUGGGUUGAAGAUUUAAUGAAAGGACCCAAUGGAGGUGUAGUCAUAAGUGAUGUUAUGAAGAACCAAGAGACAUCAUCAACUGAUAUGGCUCUGGCUUGUCUGGAUGCUGAAAUGGAAGAUGAUGAGGCAAGGUCAGAGGCCACUUUUCGGUUCACGGUUCCCAACUUCAGAAAUCUUAAGGACUCCGUGCUUUCACCACCAUGCUAUGUUCGUAACCUUCCAUGGAAGAUCAUGGUCAUGCCACGACAGGCCCCCUCUCCUGACCGUCAACAACAGAAAUCGCUGGGUUUCUUCCUACAGUGUAAUGGGGAAAGUGAGUCGUCUAGCUGGUCUUGUUAUGCAAUGGCUGAGUUAAGACUGAUCUCUCAUAAACCAGAAGUCGAAACAUUUUAUAGGAAAAUUCAACAUUUGUUUUAUAGUAAGGAGAAUGAUUGGGGGUUUUCGCAUUUUAUGUCAUGGAACGACGUGUUAGAUCCUGAAAAAGGUUAUGUAAAGGAUGACACAAUUACUUUAGAAGUUCAUGUUACUGCUGAGGCGCCCCAUGGAGUUUCGUGGGAUUCUAAGAAGCAUACCGGCUAUGUCGGAUUGAAAAAUCAAGGAGCAACUUGCUACAUGAAUUCUUUGUUGCAAACACUAUACUUUACGAACCAGUUAAGAAAGGCUGUCUACAAAAUGCCUACAGAGUCGGAUGAUAGUACUAGAUCAGUCGCAUUGGCCCUUCAAAGAGUUUUCUAUGAGUUACAGUUUUCGGAUAAACCUGUUGGCACAAAAAAACUUACAAAAAGUUUUGGGUGGGAAACACUUGAUUCAUUUAUGCAACAUGAUGUUCAGGAAUUUUUGCGGGUACUUUUAGACAAACUAGAAAGUAAAAUGAAAGGUACAUGUGUUGAAGGCACUGUUCCCCGCUUGUUUGAAGGCAAAAUGACUUCAUACAUAAAGUGCAAAAAUGUCAAUGUGUCUAGCACAAGAGUUGAAACUUUUUAUGAUAUACAACUGAACAUAAAAGGAAAGAAAAACAUCGACGAGUCGUUCAAGGACUACAUCAGCACGGAGACGCUGGACGGCGAGAACAAGUACGACGCGGGCGAGCACGGGCUGCAGGAGGCGGAGAAGGGCGUGAUCUUCGCCACCUUCCCGCCCGUGCUGCACCUGCACCUCAUGCGCUUCCAGUACGACCCCAUCACCGACAGCUCCGUCAAGUUCAACGACAGGUUCGAGUUCUACGAGCACAUCAACCUGGACGCGUACCUGCAGGAGAAGCCGGAGACGCCGGCCGACUACACAUUGCACGCCGUGCUCGUGCACUCGGGCGACAACCACGGCGGCCACUACGUCGUCUUCAUCAACCCCAAGGGCGACGGAAAGUGGUGCAAGUUCGACGACGACGUGGUGUCGCGCUGCACGAAGCAGGAGGCCAUCGAGUACAACUACGGCGGCCACGACGAGGACAUGGCGCUCACCGUGCGCCACUGCACCAACGCCUACAUGCUCGUCUACAUCCGAGAUUCCCAGCUGAAGACUGUUUUACAGGAAGUCACGCAGGCAGACAUACCGACGGAGCUUAGCGAAAGAUUAGCGGAGGAAAAAAGAAUUGAAACCAUCCGGCGCAAGGAGCGCAACGAGGCGCACCUGUACAUGAACGUGAACGUGGUGCUGGAGGAGGCGUUCGACGGCCACCAGGGCAACGACCUGUACGACCCCGAGCGCGCGCACUACCGCGUGUUCCGCGUGCGCAAGCAGGCCACCGUGGCCGAGCUGCUGGACACGCUGGCCGACAGCUUCCGCUACCCGCUGCGCCAGCUGCGGCCCUGGCCCUUCUCCGCGCGCUCCAACCAGACAUGUAGACCGACAUGCCUUGACCUGGUUAACGAUCAAAGCAAGACUAUAGCGGAUAUAUCAGAGAAUAUGAAUCCAUGGAACAUUUUCUUGGAAAUGUUACCCCCUGACUCCGGCUUCAGCGCACUCCCACCGUUCGACAAGGAAAACGACGUGGUCCUCUUCUUCAAGUACUACGACCCUAAGCAGAAGCGAAUUCACUACUGCGGCCAUCACUACCUGCCCAUAGCUAGCAAACCAACUGACCUCAUACCGAUACUUAAUAAACGAGCUGGUUUUCCACCUGACACACCACUUGUCCUCUAUGAAGAAAUCAAACCAGACUUUGUCGAGAAAAUCAACAACUACAAUGAUCCCCUGGAAAAGGUAUUGGACGAGCUGAUGGACGGCGACAUCAUCGUGUUCGAGCGCGCCGACAACCGGCACGAGGAGCUGGAGCUGCCCACGUGCCAGGACUAUUUCAAGUACAUAUUCUACAAGGUCGAGGUGCAGUUCGUCGACAAGACCGUGCCCAACGACCCCGGGUUUACAAUGGAGUUGUCCAUGCAAAUGCGUUACGAUCAGAUGGCGCGGGCGGUCGGACAACGGCUUAAUGUAGAUCCUUUCUUAAUACAAUUUUUCAAGUGUCAAAAUUACAAAGAUACUCCAGGACUGCCUCUCAGAUACUCUUAUGAUGGAAUACUUAAGGAUUUGCUAGUGUACUGUAAACCAAAGUGCCCUAAGAAAUUGUUUUAUCAGAUUUUAUCUAUUAAAGUUAAUGAAUUAGACAACAAAAAACAAUUUAAAUGUUUAUGGGUUGGCCCGAAUUAUAAAGAAGAUAAAGAAUUAAUUUUAUAUCCUAAUAAAGGUGGUAAAGUAGCGGAUAUUUUAGAAGAGGCUGCAAAAGUUGUAGAAAUGUCUCCAGAGGGUUCUGGAAGAUUACGAAUCGUGGAAGUAUCUUGUCAUAAAGUACUACCCGGUCCAGACCCCGAGCUCACGCUGGAUCAGGUGACCAUAUCGCCGCCCAGACUGUAUAGAAUAGAAGAAAUUCCUCGGGAUGAGAUUAACUUACAGGAGGACGAGAUACUAGUACCGUGCGCGCAUUUCCACAAACAAGUGUACGCGACCUUCGGCAUUCCGUUCUACACGCGCGUGAAGCACCACGAGCCCUUCCAGGCGCUCAAGGAUCGUCUGCAGCAGAAACUCGACAUACCGGACAAGGAAUGGGAAAAGUACAAUUUUGCUAUAGUAACUAAUGGCAGACCUAACCACAUAAGUGAAGGAGCAAUAAUGAAUAUAAACGAUUUUAGACCAAACACCAAUGCAAAUCUGUCGCUGCCAGACGCGACGGGGCGGCCGUGGCUGGGCCUGGAGCACAUCAACAAGACGCCCAAGCGCUCGCGCGUCAACUACCUCGAGAAGGCCAUCAAGAUAUACAACUGAGCCGCGCUGGCGCUGGCCCCGCACCCAGUAAAAUACACUUUAUAGCAGUACGCUCUGUCGCCGACGAUCCGCAGCCCUUCGUGACCCGUGCUUCGUUGUUUGAGAUUGUCGCAAGAAAUUGUGUCGCCAUCGCUAAAUGUCUGUCGAUUCGCCCACUGUAUACUAACUGUAUUUUUUCUCUUUACGUUAUGGUUUUUCGCACUGUUUCUGUCUCUUUGGUAAUUUACGUAUAGAUUACAGAAAAGCGAUAGAUUUAAUAUAGUAACAGUUUUGAACAAUUUUCCUGCAGUAGUCGUUUUUUAUACGACGACGUGGGGCGACGCUUUUUCUUGGUGUACGUAUUGGUGUUCCAUUGUGGGUUAAUAUUUUCAUAUUUUCAAACAGUAAUGUAUGUUAAUGUGAAAACUACAGCAUAUGUUUUAUAUAAAUGUGAAUAUUUAAUGAAAAGAUUUAAUUUGAUUUUUUAUUUAUAUAAUUUGAAUGAUGAAAUAUUUCAAUAGGUUCUCGUAUAAAUUAAAUAUUUAAAUAUUGACUUCAUUAUGGUAAUAACAUAUUUCUCUCAGUCCGGUGGGAAUUCUAAUCAUAUAUUAUAUUUUUAUACGGAAGUGUCGUUUUUUUACCAAAAAUGUAAUUUGUACAAAAUAUGAUGCAAGUGGUGGUGUCAUUCGACAAAGCUAAUGUAAAAUUUAUAAUAAAUGAAAAAAUAAUGUAAUUUAUCUUAUGAGCAAAACUAUAUGAAAAUGUAUUUUACUACUGGGUGAACACCAGGAAUAAUAAAUAGCCUUAUAACCUCUAUCUAAGCCAUAACACCAAUAUUUGACUUUUUUUAGUGCUUUCCUCGUAAUAUGUGGUUGGAACCACUUUAUAAUAAUAAUGAUAUGGUCUUGCAAUAGUCCUGCUAGCAAAAGUAUAAAAGUUUAGUACUAAUAAUUAUAUUUAUUUUAUUCACAUUCAUAGUGCAAAGCCGUUGCAAUAAUAGCAUUCACGACGAUCUUUAUAUGAAAGUAAAAGGAUGGCUUAUAGACGAAAAUAGCAGUGUCAUUAAUGUUUAUAAUUUAUGUAAUUCCUGAGCAUAUUCAGUUGAAAGCGUGAGAUGGCCUUCUUAAUAUUUAGUUAAAGUCUUGAUCAUAACUUUUUUCUUAUUUAAUAUCAUUUGGUUGGUUUAGUUAAAAUAAUACAGAUGCAUGCUGGCUUUGCCAACAUUUUUACUCUUAAGUGCCGCUGUUUUAUCGAUUGGUAUUCGGCAAAGUUAAAACAUUUUUAUAAAUAUUCAUAAAUAAUAGUACUACUUAGACUUAUAAGAUUACGUGAUGCGAUUCGAUAGAACUUUUAUAUAAAAUUUGGUGUUUGUGUCAUGCUUGAGUGGAAGUUAACAAAAGAAAAUGAAACUAUAUAAAAUACCACUAUUAUCUAAAUACAUACACAUUUGACAAGUAAACUAGAAUUUAAUAAUUUUUUGUAGUACUUGCAAUUUCACAGCAAAAAUUCACAGUGUUCAUCUCUUAAAAAUAACUAGUUUUUAACACUUUCUAAAAUGAUAUUUUACUAUACUUAACAAUAGCAGCAAAAGUAAUACUUGUUUAUUUUUGUUUAGCCAAUAAUGUCUUCACAGUACUUGUUUUAUUAUAUCGAUUCAAAUGUGUAUGAACAAAUUGUGAUAUGUAUUAGGGCGGAUUUACAAAUCGAAAUCUUGUGUAGUUUGACGCUUUUUAUCAAAUUUUAAGUCUAUAUAUAAUAAUGUAACCUAAAAAUGUUUAUAUAUUGUUGCCGAAUCACCUAAUCAUGUACAUUUAAGGAGACAUGAAUACAUAACAAAUAGAAUAGAUAAUAAGUUGGUAGUGUCUUUGAAUGUACAUAUUCAUGCACAUAAUAGAUGUAACAUUAAGCCCAUAUUGGUAAUUCUGGCUAAGAGCCCCAUCAUCGGAAGUUGUGUUACUAUUUAAUUUUUUUACUUGACCAGAAAUGUUACUUUAUCAAUAAAUGAUUAUGUCGAAAUUAUGUAUAUAUAUGAUGUAAUAAAUUAAGAAACUACAGUAAGUUUUCGUAAAGAUGCCUUAGACGUUUUAAGUAAUUUGGGAUAAUACCAACUAAUUUAUACCCUUUUUUUAACUGUCUUUUUACAACUUAAAAAAAAUAACUUAUUUGCAUUAUGUAAGAGAUGAUUUGUGUGAUACGAAUUAAUUUGAUAUUCUGCGUCAAUACAAAAAUACUAUAUUUUAAUUUUAACUAUGUGUGUCGGUUGCGCUAAUUCAUUAACAAGGUUUGAGGUAUUAUGAGAUGAAUAUAGAAUCAUAGCGGUUUAGAAUACGUGCCGAACCUUAUAAAUUAGGACAAAUGGGAUUAUAGACAUAGCUGGUUUACUACUUAUCCAUCUAGAUCCCCAUGUAAGACAAGUCUGUACUCAAACUAUUGGAAAUUAUUCCAAUGUUUGUAAUGUUGGAUUUUUAAUGUUUCUCUGAAUAUAAUCCUAUAUUUGUUUAA